GACCUGCGGCCCUGCGUCUGCACUGCCCGGGAGACGGCCGUCUACGUGACAUGUGAGAACGCCAGCCCGAGCCAGCUGCACAACGCGCUGGUCACGCUAGCGCACUGGCGCGGCACCGUGGAGCGGCUCACCCUGCGUCGCAACCGGCUGGAGGCGCUGACGCACCGGCUCUUCAGCGGCGUCAGCGUCUUCCGGCUGGAGCUAGACGACAAUGGCGUCACCAUGGUGGACCGCGGCGCCUUCCACGGGCUGGAGGACACGCUGACGCACCUGGUGCUGCGCGAGCCGGCGGCGCACAAGUUCGCCUUCGACGCGCUCGACGACCUGCACGUGCUAGAGUCGCUGCUGAUCGAGCAGACGCCGCUGCAGACGCUGCCGUCGCUGGCGCGCGCCGACCGGCUGCGACUGCUGAGUAUUAACAGUACGGGCAUCGGCCAGAUCCCAAGCCGGGCGUUCCGCGGUGCGCCCGAGCUGCGCGUGCUGCACUACACCUUCAACCCGACGGCCACGCUCGGCGAGAACUCGCUGCUCGGCCUGGCCAUGCUGCGCGUGGCCAACUUCAGCUUCAACAGCAUCGAGUACAUCCACCCUCGCGCCUUCUUCCCCACGCAGCACCUGGAUCACCUAUCAUUCGCCGGGAACGGCGUGCGGGACGCCAGCGUGGUGACGAUCGCGGCCAGAGAGGCCCAGAGCUUGCGGCGGCUUGACCUCAGUGGCAACCUGAUCGAGUACGUCAAGACGGGUACGUUCGUUGACCUGAAAAAUAUGGAAAUUCUCAACUUGAGGCAGAAUUUCAUCACCAAGGUGGAUCAGGACGCGUUCCACGUUCUUCCGCGUCUCAAACGGUUGGACCUUACCAACAAUUAUGUCAACUCGCUGAAAAAGGACGCAUUUUUCAGCAUGGAAAGCCUGGAGCAGCUAUUGCUGAAGCAGAACAACAUCACCGAUCUAACAGGAAGUGCGGCAGUAUUACGGAUGCUGCCGAAUCUGCGAGUGUUGGAUCUGAGCAUGAACUUGAUCGAGUCUGUACCAGGCAACACCUUCGCACAUCCUGCGCUGGAGAUCUUGUAUCUGAACCACAACAACAUCAAACAGGUGGACAGGAACGGCUUCAAGAACAUGCCUGACUUGCGGGAGCUGCACAUGCACCAUAACUUCCUGGUGAUGGAGCAGGGCGGCAGCGACUGGUGGAACCUGCCCAAGCUGACCCUCCUUGACCUCUCCUUCAACGACAUGACCCACCUGCACGCCAGCGUUCUUCGCAAUGUCACGCAGCUGGAGCACGCCGACUUCAGCUACAACAUCAUCAACGUGGUGGAUGAGAAUGCCUUCGUGGGAACGGCCAAACUCAAGUUCCUGAAUCUGUCGUUCAACUCGCUGCCGAAGAUAUACCCGAUGACUUUCAAGAAUCUCAAGGAGCUGCGUCAGGUGGACUUGAGCUUUAAUGAGCUAGUGUCCGUAGAAACAGGACAAUUCUCCAGUGCAGAAAACCUCCAAGAUCUCAGAAUGAAAUUCAACAAAAUCGCUGAUAUUCAGCCGAAUUCUUUACCAGUGGGGAACGUGCUUAAAGUCCUCGACCUCUCAUACAAUUUCAUCGCGACGUUCCCCGCCGCUUCAUUGUCAGAACUGCGCGGACUCUCCGAGCUCAGGAUGAAACAGAACAUGCUGCGCGAUCUCCCGGCGCAGUCCCUGCAGAAGCUGACGAAGCUGCGCGAGCUGGACUUUGGUUUCAACAUGCUCUCAAAACUUGACCCGAGCAUCCUGAAAACCAUGAGUGACCUCCGGUCGGUGGAGCUCAGUGGCAAUUUCCUGAAGACUAUCCCACUGGAGCUAUUCGAGGGUAACCAGGAGCUGCGGGUGGUCAACAUCAGCAACAACCUUCUCACCACCAUCCCGCCGAAGACGUUCCAUAACCUAAACCACUUGGAGACGCUGGAUCUCAGGAACAAUACUCUGGUGGAGUUUGAUAACAUGGUCAACCAACUUCCAUCUAUCAGGUAUCUGGACGCCAGUUACAACAACAUCCGUUUCCUCUCGUCUACGACGUUCGAGAACACGCCUUCACUGGAGCACCUGGAGAUGCACCACAACUAUGUGGAGCACAUCAAGAGCAACACGUUCCUCAACAUGCCAUCGCUGAGACAGCUGGACCUCAGCUACAACGCGAUGGUCGAGAUGGACCCGGGCUCCUUCCGUGGCGACCAGCAGCUGAAGGCGAUAUUCCUCAACAACAACAACCUGCGGCAGCUGAAGGAGGCCACCUUCGUCAAUCUCAACGGUCUGGAGAGAAUAAACCUGCAGGAGAACCAGCUGACGCACCUGUCAGACGAGGCCUACGAAAAUCUACCGGCACUGCGGUCGUACAACCUGUCAGCCAAUCAGCUGGCCACCUUGCCCAGAGGAACGUUUCAGCGUUUGCGGGGGCUUCGAACGAUCGACCUCAGUCACAACCGCAUCCUGGAGGUCAACGACGGAACCUUCAGGUCACUCGCUGACCUCCAAACGCUUAAGCUGAACGACAACGGCAUGUGUCGCAUCCACGACGACGCAUUCGCUGGCCAGCGGAACAUGGACGCCGUGUACCUGCAGAACAACCGGAUCCGCUCGCUGCGCAAGCCGCUGUUCCGGCGCGUCCGGACCGUGCUCCACCAGCUGGACGUCUCAGGUAACCCGCUGCGGUGCGACUGCGAGAUCCAGUGGCUGCGCGAGUGGCUGGGUGACCUACGCGCGCGCCACCCGCCGGCCGGCCGCCACUUGCACGAGCCCAUCUGCUACUACCCUCAGGAGAUGCGCGGCGUGCCCAUGCUGCGCACGAGGGAGAACGACUUCCACUGCGAAAGGGCGUCGUUGGACCACACGGAGCCCUGUCCAGAGUUCACGGACUCGGAGCUCCGCGUGUUCCACCCGACCGAACGGCCUGGCGGCGCGCGCAGGCCGCACCAGCUGGGGCUCGGUCCGGCCGACUACGGCUCACCCUACUACGACCAGCCGCUAGACUCGGCGAACGCGAUCGGCUCGCUGCAGUCUGCCGAGCCGUCGUUGGCCGAGGUGGCGCCGCCGCCGGAGGUGACCGCGCUCGGUAUCCUGGGCACGCUCGGCACACUGGGCACACUCAGCACUUUGCUGCCCAAGCUCGGGCUCACGUUCGGCCUGGGAAGCUCCAACCGCAACUCGGAUCGCGCCGGCCUGGCCGGUGGGGCGCAGGGGCCGCUGCCACCAGGGCUUUACCCGCACAAGCCGCCGUACAGGCCCGACUCGAGCGCCGGCUUCAGCGGCGGGCCACUCUUCAUCCCGGCCAAGCACGGCCAUAUCCGCCACGACGACUCGGGCGACCCGCACGGUCUGAACGCGUUCGUGUUCCCCGACCCGCAGCUGAACCCGGGCGCGGCCAGCAGCCUAAACGCGGUUGUGUUCGACGGCGAGCGGCGGCCGCCGGCGCGUCGGCCAGAGGUGCCCUCUGUGCCUGAGACAAUCCCGAUGGACGCGCCGUUCCCUAGCACCUCGACCGAGGCGGAAACGGAGCAUCCGUACCUGACGGCCGAGGACGAGCUGGGCGACUUCAGCCUGGACAGCCUGCUGCAGAUGAUCGCCGAGCAGACCACGCCGAGCACCGAUGACCAGACGGCCGGCGGCUCCCCGCUCUGGUACCACACCACGGAGCCAGCCAGCGAAGAGACGACCACAGCCGGCAACCCAAUCUCGGACAUGCUGGCCGACUGGUUCGACACGGCGGGGCGAGAGACGACGGAGACGGCGCGGCACGACUCCGUCGCGCCCACCGACGCGGCCACCGAGUACACCGUCACGGAGCCGGCCACGGAAAGCGCCGAAACCACCACACCACCCGCUGCCGUCACCACCGAGCAAGCGCCGGCCUCGCACCGGCCGCCGGUGAACCCCGUCGCCGCCCCCACGGAGCCGAGCGCGACGCCCGAGCUUGACACGUUCGCACCCCAACACAACUGGAACACGCCCGCCAACACGACGUACGAGGCGCGCCUGAAAGCUGAGCUGGCCGUCAACGCCAAGGACGAGGACGAGGACGGGGAGCCGAGCUCGACCGCGGCGCCGGAGACGGCCGAGCCGCGCGGCCGUCCCAGCAUCACCAUGGUGCAGCCGUACGACGGCUACCCGCUGCCGCAGUUCAUCGCGCCGCCGGCGGUCGACGCCGCCAACGAGUGGUACUACCGCAACUACUUCUCCGACGAGCUGGAAAGGAGCCGACCGGCCGACGCACAGCAGACGGCUGAGACGGCCCAGGACAUGUGGGGCACGCAGGCUGGAGGUCCGAUUCAGAUCGACAGCAUCUAUUACAAAAAGCGGUAA